UACGAAACCAACACGACCAUCCCGCACGAUAAGUGUACCAGUCGUAGGCUCUAAUAAAACCAAACCUAUGCAGACAUCAACAAACAAGAAAAGAUCUGCGCCGCUUUCCUCAUAUAAACCACCUUUGGUGAAGGAGUCAAAGGCUGCUAUAAAUUCUAUACCAAAACCAUCAAAAGUGACAGCAACUGCCACGUCAACAGCAGAAGGGCUGACAACUACGGCAACCAUAUCGGUGUCAAUCUCUGCUGCAUCUACUCCGGAUCGCACGCAAUCAAUGUCCAAAUAUGCGCCUUCAAGCGCACGUAUAUUCGGCAGAACAAAAGAUCGUCAAUAUACACCGUAUGAAAAGCCGGCUAUCGGAUUCGCCACGCGGAAAUAUAAAAACCGAAUACCACAAGAUUCUACAGAAUUAAGUGCAAAAUUAAACGCUUAUGCUAACAAAAUAAUUGAAGAAUUGACUGGACAACGUGAAAAUAAUGGAGACAGUGAAAACAUAACUUUGGAACUUAUUCCAAAAUUAGAAGAACAAAUUUUCGAGACAAAUACACAAAGAAGUAGGGUAUCUCUUAAACAAGCGCUAUCAGCCACGCAAUUGAUUACUCCUAUGCCACCUAAGCCUUCCCCUCCACUUACAUUUAUUGAUCCUGUAAAGUUUUUGGAAGAUGUUCGUGGGGCUGAA